AUGGAUGAGAUGAUUGAAAACGAGUUUAUGAUACAAAUGAAAGAGAAAUUAUUACAUCGCGUCAAUGAUAAAGUGACGUUAAUUCGUAUCCAGAGUAUCUAUGGAUUACAGAAGUUACAGCAAAGUGACGAAGGAGAACAAGAAGAGAAUGAAGUUACGUGUGAAUUACGAAAACUGAUGGAGAUGGAUCCUUCCAAAGACGUUCGUAAAGCUGCAUUACUUAGUGUGAUUGUGAACAAGAAAACGUACAAGAACUUGCUAGUGCGUAUACGUGAUACAAGUGAAGAUGUGCGGUAUGCUGCGUUUCGGACCAUUGGUGCUGCAAUGCCUUUGUCGGAUAUUCCGAUGAGUGAUCGAGCCCAUUUGUUGGAUCAAGGGCUGCAAGAUCGUGCAGUGCGUGUGAGAAGGGCUUGUGAGCAGAUGGUGCUGAAAAAAUGGUUUCCAGCGUGUGAUUCCUCGCCAAUGCUACUACUAAAAGCGUUAGACAUUGAACAGUAUCCUAGUAUUGGCUCAAAGGUAUCUCGCAUUCUUUUGCAACAUUUAUCAGAGCAGCCACGAGCGUUGUUGGGUAAAAGAGAUGCCGUUGAGUUUAAUGCGCUCGAGAUGUUGUCUCAGAACAAUGAUGCACUUAAUGCGGAGAGUAUAUUCUUCUGGAGAGAGCAGUGUUACUUUUACCAGAAGAUCGACAACGAUCCGGAUAAGGCAGCGGCUCUUUUACCAAACGUGUCGGAUUUUAGCAAAUUGCUGGUGACUACAUGCAAUGCACAAAGCGAUGUCUUCUUUAUCGCGCAGCAAUUGCUGGAAUUUGGACAUUUGUUGGAUUUUCAAGAUGAGUUUGGGCGACGCAAUCUACUCGAUUUCCUGCAAAAGCUCUUGCGCGAUCUGGAAACUGAUAGUCAGCUGAUCAAGGGCAUAAUGGAGUUGAUGGCGUUUGUGUACUCUGGAAGUUCGGAGCAAGAGUUUAUUCAGGUUGUUGCCGAAAUUGUUUCUGAUAUGUAUGAUGCUGUGGAGGCAGGCAACCAAGAAAUAUCUUCACAGCAAGAAGACACUGAGUCUGCUUUGUUGCAACAAGAGCCGUCGGCUGAAGAUGACGCGGCAGCGCUCAGCUUUGGUCCUCAAUUGCUUAAACUGAGUGAGGAAGAGCGCGAAGCGGCUGAGAUUAAAUUUGAAGAGCUAGAAAAGCACCUCGAAACACUCGAGUUUGACUCGGACGAGUACAAUAAGGUUCAAGCAGAAAUGAUGAAAGUGGAGGCGCUUCUGCAAGAUCCAAGGGUACUAAGCUGGCUUCGUUGUCUCGAGAUUGUGGCUCAGCUGCUUAAACUUACGUCGCACAAUCUGAGCGAUCCUGUUGUCGAUGGAAUGGGUCGUUACAUUCUUCCUGCAAUUGACAGUGACGUGCCAGCACUGCGUGAAGCUGGUCUGGAGAACCUCGGACUAUUUUGUCUGCUUGAUAAGCGUAUUGCAGAGCGCUAUUUGAUCGUAUUCUGGCGUGCAUUGAAUAAUCCUGAAGAAGAGAGCGAGGUAAAGCACACAUGCGUCCAGGCAAUUUUUGACACGGUAUUUAGUUUCUCAAAUCUGCAGCCGCACAUAUUUGGCGCCAAACAAGUUGAGGAUGGCGUCAAAGUUGGAGUAGACAAAGGCUUUCAUGUCAAGGAGCGUGAUGGCGAGGACACAGCCGAGAAUAGCAAUAUAGUUGCAGACAAGGAUGCGAACAAGGUUGGCGACAAGGGUAGAGACCAAGACAAAGACAAAGACGAAAAUAUGGAUGAGGAUGGUGAAGCGGAACCAGUGACGGCCCCCGAAAAGCUAGAUCUUGACACUAUUUUCAUUGGCCUGGCCCAGCUGAUUACCGUGGAUGAUUUAGAUCUCCAAAGCACUAUUGUGGAGGGCUUUUGCCGGCUGUAUAUGAUGAAUCGGAUUGAUAAUAUCACAGUGCUGGCCAUUUUGCUUGAGACGUAUUUCAGUCCAAAGCUGCAAAACGUACAGAAGCUUGGUGAGCACGGAUAUCAGUCGCGCUCUCUCCAGCUGUUGAGCAUCUUCUUUCCAGCUUUUGUCAUGGCUACAGCAACAAACUGCAUGCUUUUGGAGGAAGCCACGACUCAUUUGAUCCAGAAAUCAAUGGAAAGGUUGGAGAACGGUUCUCUGCUUGAUUUGGGUGCUUGUGCUAAAUACGUCAUGCAUCUGUUGAGCCACAACAGACAAGAGGAAGAGGCAGCAAUGCAGGUGUCUAAAAAGAAACGAACAAAGAAAGUAGAACGACGGCGAUGUGCACAUCAUAACAGAAUUGGCAUUACGAUAUGCCUGGAAAUGCUUGCGCUAGGAAAAGUGGCCGCACUUCCAUCUGUUUGCCAAGGUGUUGUUACUACGCGACAAAAGGCUCUUCUCAAGAUGAUCGCGUGGGUUGAAGUCACGGUUGACGAGCAACGGUCUGCCUCGUUGUUCAAGUAUUUGCUGCAAGAAAUCACUUCAUCGUGCUUUGGCUCUCAGAAAGGUUUGCUUCGAAGCGCAGAGGCGGCAUUAAAACGCACUGCUGCGAGCUAUCUCGAGCAAAGUAGGGACCAAGGUGAUGCUGACCAGCAUACGGUCGCUCUGGAACAAGAUCAGAAAUGGGCUUACGGUCUUGUUAAAGAGCGUGAAGAGGUACUGGAAAAGGUACUACUGAUGGCGAGUGCUGAGCACGAGAAGUGGCUGAAAAAACAGGAGAGAAAGAAAAAACUUCAGCGAAGAAGGACGGCUCGAUAUGUCUCAUCUGAUUCUGCGGACUCGAGUGAGAGCGAUGAGAUUGGCGAGGAAGAACCAGCCGCUGCGCCAAUACGCCGUGAGCUUUCAUCUCGUCGUAGCAAGACUGCAGCCGUGAAUCGAAUGCAGGAGAAGGAAGGUGAGUUUGAGGCAAAAAUAAAGCAGGCUUUGCAAGACGAUGAUGCGGACGCCGACGACGACGAGGAAGUUGAGGAAGAGGAGAGCGAGUUGGAAGAGGAAGAGGAAGAAGAGUCGGAGGAAGAUGCGCCGACGUCGGAAGAGGACGAAUAA